GCGUAUGACAUCCGCGCAGGGUCGAUGAUAUCGGCAGCCAAUGUCAGCUCCAGGGCAACGCCGUUGAGGGCUUCUCCCUUCAUAAGGCCCUGUCAUCGUCAUGAGCUCGUAACUGCAGCUGCUCUCGUCGCGUGACCCAGAUGAUCUCUGCUCCUUCCACCCGAGAAACAAGUACACCGACUUUGCCAGUACGGAACAAGUGGGUGGCAUGUCGUUGGAGUGAUGUUCAAGGUCGACUGGCCAGCUUCGAGUGCCUCCAAAAUAGCCUCGGCCCAUUUCGACGACGGGCUCGAUCAGACCUCACCCGUCAUGCAUUGCACCCCGUUUAGCACCUCUUCACCGCAACAUCACGCCUAUAUAGAGCAUGUCUUCCGCUUCAAAGGCCCGUGUGCAGCAGUUGAGCGAACAACUCGCCGUGCCCCGUCAGGACCCGGGCAAGUUCGAAGACAUCCCCAAGAUCCCGCGGAUAGCUGGCGAUUCCACCGGGCCCCGACUCAAAGGCAAAGUCAUCAUCGUCACCGGCACCAACUCACCCAUUGGAAUCGGACGGGCAGCCGCGCAUCUCUUCGCCCAGAAUGGCGCCAAAGCCGUCUUCCUCUGCGAUCUCAACACCCAGCACCUCGAAACGCAUAAGCGCGAGCUCAACUCCCUCUACCCGGACGUCGCCAUCCACCCGCAGAAAGUAGACGUCGGCGAAGAAGCGGACGUGGAGGGCGUGGUCAACCUCGCGCUCGAAAAGUACGGCCGGCUCGACGUCUUCUAUGCCAAUGGCGGCAUCAGCAUCACUACGGAGAGAGUGCUCGACGGCUCGGCGGAGAAGUUUAUGCAGACGAUGAAGACCAAUGCCUUGAGCGUCUUCCUCGCCGUCAAGCAUGGCGCCCGCGGCAUGCUCGUCACCUCCGACGAAAAGCCUUACCCCAGCGGCUCCAUCCUCGGCACCGCAUCCGUCGCCGGCCUACGCUCCAACGCUGGUGCAACUGACUACUCCGCCUCCAAAGCGGCCGUCAUCAGCGUCAUGCAGACCUCCUCGUACCAGCUCGCGGGCACGGGUAUACGCUGCAACGCAAUCUGCCCCGGCAUCAUCGAGACGGGCAUGACGAUCAAGGUGUACGAGGCUGCGCGCGCAAAGGGCUCCGAGAGGAAGAUUGGGCAGUUGAAUCCGCUUAUGAGGGGCGGGUUGUCGGAUGAGGUUGCCCGGGUUGCGCUGUUUUUGGCAUCGGAUGAGGCCAGCUAUGUAAACGGCCAGGCUAUCCCCGUAUGUGGAGGCCUCUCAGCUGGCCAUCCAUUUGUACCCGGCAAGCUUGCAUAAUCGGCAUCGAGUCGGAUGUGAGAAGCAAAAUUGAAUAAAGACUGUAAGGCUAAGCGGCCGCCAACGCCAGGCUAAUCAGCAAGGAAUGGAAAAGCUCGAAGCCUUCUCACACGCUCACUUCCCCCGGAUCGACAAACAUGUCAUCCUCCCGCCCCUGCAGCACACUCGCAACACUCAAAACCACCCCAUCCACCUCCUCUCCAUUCCUUGCAAUGCGCUGCUGGUUCAACUCCUCCCAUAUCUUCUGUAAAUACGUGCGUAGCGUCUUCAGCCCCCGGAGAUAU